AACUGAUAUAUUCAAGGGAAAUAGCCUUUAAAUUCUUUGGAGAGGUUGGUUCAACAACGGUCCUAUUUUUCUAAUGAAACUGUAUACAAAGCUUGAGCAAACUCAAAUUGUGCUCAAUUGUCUCUUUACAUAAACUAGUGGAAUUGAUGCACGACUUGAAGAGCUGUAAGCAGCAGGAGUAGGAUUACACCAGCAAAGUCGUGAGAUAAUCCGGAGCUUAUACAUAUCUAGCCCUAACUACCAUGCCUUGCUAAAUUCAUUGGUCGACUGUCAAUAUAGUUACGCGAGUCAAUCGCGAUGGCAAAUGGGUUUCUCCUCUAACUAUGUUUGUUUUCCUGUCUGUUGAGAUUUUUCUAGGGAACAUCCCUGAUAUGUAUUUCAUUGUUGCAAAUAUAUAAAGGCUCGGGUUGCACAAUCAGAAUCAAAGUUUCGUACACUCUGAGAGGACUACUGAUUUAAGACAUUUGCGAUAUUCAUUUCCACUGACGGUCCACCUCCUGGUACAAACAGUUGAGGUUCAAGUUGCUCGUGGCAAAUCUUCUAGCGACAUCCAGUCUACACUAGUGACACAUCCAUAACGAUCCUCAACCAGCGUCAAAUCCCCAACCCCAAGCGAGCUCUUCUCAAAGUUCUCAUUUCUUUCAUCAUCUGCCAAGGUGCCACUAAACCAAACCAAAGGCGUCUAGUUCCAAAUCCGAACGGAACCACGGCUCCACCGACGCAACCGAACCAAUUUCUCUUCUCUACCCGAGCUUUCGAUCGCGUCGCAUCGCAAAUCGCCCUUCUUCGGCAAAUCACGCUCACCUUCCCUGCUCGAUAUAUCAACGAUCGAACCGCCCCAUCUGCGGGGGUAAGUGUCAAUUUCCCCCUCCCGGCUCACUACUACUCACUAGCUAGCUGAUCCGCCUAACCGAUCGACUAGAGUGAAGUACCGAGAUGUCCGACCUUUUGAAAUCCCGAUGGGCGCCGGGGCCAACAACCGAAGGUUCCGGAAAACCCACAUCCUCGUCUCGAGCACCGACCUCCUCCUCUUACUCCUCCUCGUCCUCCUUCAAAUCUUCUGCGCCGAUUCCUCGGGCUCGGAAUACCCGCAAUACCUUCACCAGCGCUAGUACUGGUAGCAGUACCCGCAUCAUCGGCACCGGCACGAGCGGCAGCGGCAGCGGCAACGCACGGGGCCACGCGAACCCAGCGCAGGAGCUCUCACGGUUCACGAAGCUCGUCGCGCGGUUGAAAUGGAAACUCCGCUCUCUGGAGGAGGGGUAUCGGCUCGCCACGCAGUCCGGGAUGGCAGACGCAGACACAGACACCGACCUCUACGCGGAGACGAUGUUCAAGAUCGAUUUCCACGAAUACUACGCGCUGCUGGAGCGGGCCAUCGUGCAUCUCCUCGGCGUCUUCGGGGUCCAGGUCACAUCGACCCCGUCGCGGAAAUGGCGCGGCAAUAAAGUAGGCCAGGGCGUGCAGUGGAAUACCACGUCGAUGGGUCCCGGCGGAGCAGGAGCUCGACCCGGUGGGGGAGGACACUCUUACCACGCCAAUGUGCUGGAGACGCUUGAGGACCCGUCGUGUCCGCUGCAUGAGGUCCUGGGCCGAGACGAUGUGCGUGAGCAACUGCGGAAAGCCAAGGAAUUGCGGAAUCGAUGGAAGACGGCGGAUAUGUCGGAGGAGGAACUGGAAGGGGAGAGGUGGCGGGGACAGAUGCCGCCACUGGAGAGUUAUGAUUUCAAUCAAAUCCUGACGGAGAUCUUUGGUGGGUUGGAAGAAGGGUAUCUCCUUGCUCAGGCGCAUGUCGCGUCCGUGGAUGGUGAAAAAGCAAAUGAGAUGGAGAUGGACGGGGGUUGGGAUUUCAUUGUCGAUGCGAUGGAUUGGGAGGCCAUUUGAUGGCUUUCUUCUUCUCCAUUUUUUUCCUUGUCGAGAUUUUUUAUAUCCAGUCAUAUAGGGGUUUGCUUUUUUGUGAUUAUUGUUGCUCAUUGUUACCCCUACCCCAUGGCGUCUGCGAUAUCCUGUACUU